UACCGAUUUCCCGAUAUUUACAACAUCUAAUUCCCAACUUUUCCCACGAAAACUCAGAGAAUUCGAAAAAUGGCGAAACAUCAGAUCUGGUUCGCCUUCGCCGUAUUGGCCUUGAUUCUGUCAUCGGCAGUGGCCGACGACGUAGUUGUGUUGACAGAGAGUAACUUCGAGAAAGAGGUCGGCCAAGAUAGAGGAGCUCUAGUCGAGUUCUACGCUCCCUGGUGCGGGCAUUGUAAGAAGCUUGCGCCGGAAUAUGAAAAGCUUGGGAGCAGCUUUAAGAAAGCUAAAUCUGUUUUAAUCGGAAAGGUUGACUGCGAUGAGCACAAGAGCAUAUGUAGCAAAUAUGGGGUCUCUGGAUAUCCAACAAUUCAAUGGUUUCCCAAGGGAUCACUUGAACCAAAAAAGUAUGAAGGUCAACGUUCAGCAGAAGCCCUUGCCGAGUUUGUGAAUAGCGAAGGAGGAACCAAUGUGAAGAUAGCUUCAACUCCAUCCAGUGUAGUUGUGCUUUCACCUGAUAAUUUCAACGAGAUUGUUCUAGAUGCAAGCAAGGAUGUGCUGGUUGAGUUUUAUGCACCCUGGUGUGGUCACUGCAAGAACCUUGCUCCUAUAUAUGAAAAGGUGGCUACAGCAUUUAAAUUGGAAGAAAAAGUAGUAAUUGCUAACUUAGAUGCUGACAAAUACAAGGAUCUAGCUGAAAAGUAUGGCAUAAGUGGUUUCCCUACUUUGAAAUUCUUCCCAAAAGGCAACAAAGAUGGUGAAGACUACGAGGGUGGCAGAGAUGUUGAUGACUUUGUUAAUUUCAUUAAUGAAAAAGCUGGGACCAAUCGUGAUGCAAAAGGACACCUUACAGUAAAUGCUGGUAUAGUUGCAAGUUUGGAAUCGCUGGUGAAAGAGUUUGUAGCUGCUGGCAAUGAAGAGAAAAAGGAUAUUUUUGCCAAGAUGGAAGAGGAAGUUGGAAAGCUCAGUGGAUCUGCUGCAAGUUACGGAAAGAUAUACUUGAAAUCUGCCAAAAAAUGUAUGGAGAAAGGUGGUGAUUAUGCCAAGUCUGAGAUGGAGAGAAUUGAGCGGAUGCUCGAGAAGUCGAUAAGCCCAGCGAAAGCAGACGAGUUCGGUUUGAAGAAAAACAUUCUGUCACGUUUUGUUCAAUCUUCCUAGUUUGGCUAUAUUGGUGAUGGUUGAUGGCCAAACUUUUUUUCGUGUUCCAUUUAUGGAUAGGGCUAGGUAUAUGAUGAUGUUUCACCAUUUUCUGGUAUUUGUUCUUCUCAGCACCCAUCGCUCAAGUUUUACAUUUAGUUACAAAGGAACUCUCACAUGGCACAAUACAUUUUGUAGCUUUUUUUGGCCUCUGAAUCUAAUUAUUAGUUUUCUGCUUCA